CUGUUUAAUCAUAUCAGUUUCUGUUCAAUCAGCGGAUAUACAACCAAAAAAUCAAUUCAAGAUGUUCAAGUUUUUCGCUCUGUGCCUGUUCGCCCUGUUGGCCGUUGCCUGUGGCAAGCCGCAAUUCCUGACCGCCUACAGUGCGGCCUCCCCCUACGUGGCUGCCACGCCCUACGCCUACUCCGCCGGCGGACUCUACGCUUCUCCCUACAGUGCGGCCUACACCAGCGGCGUCUAUGCCUCGCCCUACGCCUACUCCGCCUACAGCCCCUACAGCUCCCUCUACCUGAGACGUUAAGUGGAGUGAACACUGUACUACGAUAAUUCCUGAUGACGACGACGACUACGACGACCUAAUGAACAAAUAAACCUGAUAAAACAGAUAAAGAUUCCAAACAGACCAAAGGCCAGCUAUUUGCUGUCAUUUGCUUUGAGCAACUGCAGAUUAAAAGGGGGCGAAAAAAUGGGAGUGGCCAGGCCCCACACUCGAAAAAAAUG